CAAAAAAGGCUGUUUCUAUAGCAUUAUAUAGGCUUGGCUUAGCCCCUCUAAGAUAAAGAGUCAAAAUUCAAACAGCCCACUUUGUUCAGUUGCUCUGCUCGCUCCGACGGUAUGUCUCAUUAAGUCGAGAACUUAAAAAAGAUAGUCAAUAGAAUACGAAUCGAAUGGCAUUAGUGGCAGCUUCUGCAUCAUUAUCUUUUUCUACAGAAAAAUUCACUUGUCGUUUCACAAAUUCAUACUUCAAAUCCCAUUUUGUUAAGAAGAUUAACAAGAACAAUCUAGACCCACCAUUGCAGCAAUGGCUAACAAGAUCAAGAAUCUCGUUUAUUAUGCUUACACAAAAUGUUAUUGAUUCAUAUAAAGACGCAAAACGAGUUUCCUUUCAGCUUCCUAAGUUACUAUUACCAUUUCGCUCUCGUUUUGUUCCACUUCUGCCCAAAUUUCCUUCACCUCUUCUGUCAUAUCCUAUGUCCUCCUUAAAUUCUGACGCUAACCCAGAUGCUAAAACGGUUAGAGCUGUGAUUAAGGGGAGAGUGCAAGGGGUGUUUUACAGGGACUGGACUGUGGAGAAUGCUAAGGAAUUGGGGUUGAAAGGUUGGGUUCGAAAUAGGAGGGAUGGAUCGGUGGAGGCUUUGUUUUCUGGAAGCCCCGAAAAAGUUCAGGAAAUGGAGCAGAGGUGUCGGAGAGGUCCACCAUCUGCUAUUGUCACUGGACUAGAUGUCUUCCCCUGUGAUGAUGACCCUGGAACUGGGUUCGAACGCAAACAAACUGCUUGAUCAUAGGCUAGCCUGUUGGGGGAAGACAGGAGUACUCAACGGGGAUAAGGGAUCCCCCCGGGUAGAGGAAGUAAGAGAUGGCUAACCACUGCAAAUGUAAAUAUGCAUAAAAAAAAUUCAUCUGCUCCUUUCUAUUUUCUUUUACUCUUUACUUCUUAUUUUGUUAAGUUAGUUUAUUUUAUAACACGUUAUCA